AUUUUAAUGAUGGUUAGUUCGCGAUCGCAUCAAACAUUUUCACUUGUAGGUAUAAGAAACAUCGUUCAAACUUUUUUUGAAAGUGCAUAAAUUCUUAUUAAUUUGGACAUUAUUUUGAAGUUUAUCAAACUCAAUCAUGUUCAGCUGGCUAAAGUUAAUUCGAGAGUGUUGUUUUAUUACAAUAUUUUUAGUUUUGUUUGAUCCAAUCACAGCGUUUAAUGUCGAUUUAGCAACAUCUACGGUGUACUACGGUUCAAAUGGAUCAAUGUUUGGAUUCACUGUCGCUCCGUAUAAACUAAACGGUAAAAGUUGGGUACUCAUAGGCGCUCCAAGAAAUCAAGACGAAUAUUUUUCCACAAUAGAAAAAAACUACACGGGAGGUUCUGCAUACUAUUGCGAGGUGGAUCCACACGAAAGUCAAUGUGAAGCAAUAAAAUUUCCAGCAUAUUCUCCAAAUGGUCGUGACUAUGACUAUUACUCCCAAAACAAAGAUCACAUUGAGCAGCAAGGAUUAGGCGUUUCGUUGGCAACUUCAGGAUCCGAUGGGGCUAUAGUGGUAUGUGCCCCAAGAAUUUAUAGAAUUCUGGGAUAUCAAUCAGGACCCAUUUCCGAUGAAACGUGUACAACUGGUGCUUGCUAUUACUCAAAAAAAGGAUUUACCAAUUUUGCGAAAUACAGUGUCAUGAACUCACUGGAUUCUUCAGAAGAAAUAAGACAACUAGGCUUCAGCACAACUGUUUCAAAAGAUUCAAAAACUCUGUACUUCGGAGCAAUAACCGUUUACCAAGAAAACCGUAAAAUACAAGGGUACAUCUCUAGUCUAAAAAUGGAUGACAGAAGAAGCAAAACGAAUAUUAAAGAGGAUCCUGCGAAAUCUUCAAAAUCAACUCCGUACACUUAUUUUGGCUUCUCGAUCGCAAAUUUGGAUUUUUAUAACGGGCAAACAGGAGUAGCAGUAGCUUCACCGAAAGCUGAAAAAUUCCGUGGAAAAGUCAACAUAUUCAUGUCAAAUCUUAAUAACCCGGAAUCGAAACCGUUAGUUGGUGAGCAAUUCGCUGCAUAUUUUGGAUACUCGAUCUGCACCGCGGACAUGGAUGGUGAUGGGGCUGACGAUUUGAUCAUAGGAGCACCCUUAUAUUCGCAUAAUUUCAACUCGUUGAAUCAGUUUUACGAAAAUGGUCGAAUAUACGUUUAUUAUCAAGGAAGACAUUCAUGUUUGCAAGGAAACUCGAUAUGUUGGGACAAAAUAUUCACAAAAUCUGAUACAAUUGAUGGAAAACACUCGAAGGGACGCUUUGGUUUUGCGAUCGCAUCCAUAGGAGACAUAAAUCAAGAUGGAUUCGGAGAUAUCGCUGUCGGAGCUCCUUAUGAAGAAAAUAAAAACCAUCAAGGUGCUUUGUGCACCGGAGCUGUAUACAUUCAUCAUGGCUCAAAGCAAGGGGUCAUGAAAACCCCCUCUCAAAUAAUCAAAGCAUCGGAGGUGUACAAUCUCAAUCAAAUUCAAGCACUUUCAUUAAAUUCUUUCGGAUCGUCACUAUCUGGUGGGUUAGACUUGGAUGAUAAUUUGUACCCUGAUUUGGUUGUCGGAGCUCACGAAUCUGACGCCGCCUUUCUCUUCCGGUCAAAACCCAUAAUCAAUUUGACCGCAGAUAUUUCGUUUUCAAAACAAGUAAUAUCAUUAGAUGAGCAUUCGUGUAAACUAAAAGAUGGCACCAAAGUUCCCUGCGUCCAAUUGAAAAUCUGCCUGAAGUAUGAUUCAUCUGCAGAAAAUGAAAUAAAAAUUUCAACACAAAUUUUUCUCGAUCACGAACAAUUAACAACAUCGAGAAUGUUUUUCUUGAAUGACGAAAAAAAUAACAUAAUUAGUUUUUCGACGGUUCUUCGGAAAAAUAAACCGGAUUGCAGAAACAUGGAAGCUUACAUAGCUCAGUUGAAACAAGAUGAAGAUAAAUUAUCACCAAUCUACGCUAAACUCAGUUGUUCAUUAAUCACACCGAAAAAUAAAAACAAAAAUGCACCAUUGGCAGGAAUACUGAAUAGUGAUACAGAAUCGGUGACUAAAGAAACCAGUUUACAGAUUGCGAAUAAUUGCGGCGAUGAUAAUAUCUGUAUUCCCGAUUUACGUAUAUCCAUGAAAUCAAACGUCGAAAAAUUUAUAUUGGGUCCAAGAAAUCCCAACAACCUCCGUCUAAACGUAUCGGUGAUGAACAAAGGAGACGACUCGUAUCGCAGUGUAUUUUAUUUGAAGCUACCUCAAGGUCUAGGUUUCUCAUAUUCCCAACCUAUCAGCUGCCCUACUCCCAAUUCUGAUAAUAAUUUCACAAUAAUUUGUAAAAUAGGAAAUCCGAUACCAAAAGAUGAAAUUGUAAAUUUCACACUAGUCUUCGAAGUCCUCGACGGCACCCAAGUCAAAAAUAACACAUUCACUUUUCAAGCAAAUGUUACUAGCAUUAAUUCGAAUUUGAAUAAAAAUCCACAAUCUAACGAUGAAAAAUCAUUCAAUAUUUCCAUCGUUGAAAAUCCUAAUCUGUCAAUUACUGGCUCAUCAUCACCAAUCGAAAUUUUCAACGUAUCGAGCUAUACAUUCGAUUACAUUGAGACAGACACACAAGCUGGACCACUUUUACUACACCGAUAUGUUAUCAAAAAUUUAGGUUUUUUGGAAAUCACAGAGGCUAUUGCAACGUUUUAUUGGCCACAGAAAUUGAACGCAGAUCAGAAUUUGCUGUACUUGAUCGCUCAACCAAUAACUGGAGGCUCUAUCGAAUGUGAUCACAUCGAGAAUCUUAACUACGAAAACCUGAAGUUGGAUCAAUCUUAUAAUCACUUAUUAAUACCAGACAACGACGCCGAAGAUGAUGUAAAAACCAAUACUUCUGUCGACGGUAAAAAUACGUACAAUGCUGAAAAUUCUGAUUCAACUCCUGCUUCGAACGAAUAUAAUAAGGAUGAACUGACUGAAUCUCAUCUUCGAAAAAGACGACAAGUGAAUAGCAAAGUUACGAAUGAAAAUUCUUGUUUGUUGGGCCAAUGCAUUAAAAUUCAAUGUAAAAUCAAACAUUUAAAUAAGAACCAAGUCGCAUCCAUCGUAUUCCCAUCAGUAGUAUGGGCUAAAACGUUUCAGAAUGAUCACAACAAAACAGUAAGAGUGGCCUCGUACAUUCGAGUAAAUGUAACCAAGCAAGCUCACAGAGUGCUACCAUCAGUUGGAAUGAUUCCAUCGAAACAAGUAUUCACCAAUAUAAAAUUGUUAAAAAUUGAAAAAAGCGCGUCACAAGGAUACUAUUGGAGUAAUGUUGGGUCAGCAAUUAUAGGUAUUCUCAUCUUGGCGGUGAUAAUGUACGUCAUGUACAAGUUUCGAUUUUUCAACAGAAAUCGCCCACCAAAUUCAUUGGAAGAAGAUCUGAUAGCUCCAAACUGUCCAGAAUUAGACGAUGAUGAACGAAAUAUGUAAAUUUACGCGGUUAGACUUUCCUAUAUAGAUGAAUGAAAACGAAUUAUGUCAGCUAGAAACUCGAAAUUGGGCAUAAAAAUCCUAGCAAUUAUACCUACACGCUCAGUAUAAAAAAUGUUGAAAAACAAAAAAAAAGAAAAAUAUGGUGAAUAAAGCAUACAACAAAUCACUAAAAUAAAAUGUAAUGCUUCGCUAAUUAGGCUGUGAUAAUUCUAUGUAUUUGAAAAUUACCUACUGGAUUAACUAUAACCAAAGAUUAAAUAUAAUUUUUUUUUUUU